AGGAUUUCUGUUCUCUUUGUCAUGUGAGUUCUCAGAAAUCAUUGUUUAUAAACUGAUUCUUACAAAUAAACCAUGAAUAGGUCCACACCAAGAAAUCAUCACCACAUCUCUUGGUUCUCCUGCCCUAAUGGAUCCAGUCUUCCAGAAGACAGAGUAUUAAAGGUCAGUGCUGCAUGAGAUCAAGACAAAAGAAGGAUCCAGGCAGCAGAACUACAUCCCGCCCUCCUUUGCUCUCUCCAGUAGGACAAGGUGGCUAUGAGUGAGGUUCCAGUACAUGUAAGAAUCGCUCUCCUGCAGGUAUGGUUGAGGGUGCUGCUCUUUCCUUCUAUAUGGCCCCUGACUUGGUGUGCUGAAUUCAACACUCUUCCAGAAGUAGUGAUACCCUUGAGGGUAACCGUCUCUCGGAGAAACAUGAAUCUUGCCGGCUGGAAGUCCUAUAGCCUACACUUCGGAGGCCAGAGACACAUUAUCUCCAUGAAGCCCCAAAACUUUCUGGUAUCCAGCCAGCUCUCUGUGUUCACCUACAGUGAUCAAGGAGACCUCAUUGAGGAUCGGCCUUUUGUCCAGAAAGACUGCUAUUAUCUAGGUUUUGUGGAAGGAAAGCCAGAAUCCGCGGUUGCUCUGACCACCUGUUUUGGGGGCUUACAAGGGACAUUACAGAUAAACGACACAGCUUAUGAAAUUAGACCCAAGAGCCCUUCUUCCACCUUUGAACAUCUAGUUUAUAAAACAGACAGUGAAAAAACUCAAUUAUGUUCCAUGAGUUGUGCAUUAACAGAUGAAGAAACAGCAGGGCAAGUUAGACCUCGAGAGGAUGAAGACUCCUCCGAAACACAAGUUGUCUAUGGGGCAUGGUGGACUCACAAAUUGUAUAUUGAACUGGCGUUGGUUAUAGACCAUGAACAAUUCCUUUAUCGAGGUCGUAAUACUUCUCUUGUGCUGCGAGAUGUAUUCAUGGUUAUGAAUGGACUAAAUUACUUCUUAUUUCCAGUGGAUAUUAACGUGGCUUUACUUGGACUUGUAAUCUGGAGUAAGGAAAACCCCAUACCAGUGAAAGAUAUAUAUACUCUCUUGCCAGAAUUUUGUAAGUGGAAGAGAGAACACCUUGAUUCUUACCUACAACAUGAUAUUGCACAUCUCUUUGUGAAUUAUAAUUUUAGUAACUAUUUUGGCAUAGCUUAUGUUGGAACUAUAUGUAAUAAGACAUUUGGUUGUGGAGUUGAGAGUCUCUUGGGAGAAAAUUUUUUUACCUUUGGGUGUAUUGUGGCACAUGAGAUAGGUCAUAAUUUGGGCAUGCCCCAUGAUGGGAUAUUUUGUACAUGUGGAGGAGGACCAUGUGUGAUGUCUGCUACAACAAGAUGUGACAGAAAAUUCAGCAACUGUAGUUAUGCUGCAUUGUGGAAAAACACAGCCAAAGCAAGCUGUAUGUACAAUAAAGUCAACCUUUCGGAUACCUAUCCAUUGAAGUUCUGUGGGAACGGGGUGAUUGAUGAAGGUGAGGAGUGUGACUGUGGACCCCCUGAAUUGUGUGACUAUAGUCUCUGUUGUCUGCCUGGCUGUACUCUCAGGCCUGGAGCUAGCUGUGAUGCCGGGCUAUGCUGCAGCUACCUAUGCCAACUUCUGCCAUCUGGCACUGUGUGUAGAAUAAAGGAGAACGAAUGUGACCUCCCAGAAUGGUGCAAUGGAACCUCACAUGAGUGCCCAGAAGAUGUGUUUUUACAGGAUGGAAGCUCUUGCAGUGAUGGUGGCUACUGCUAUGAAAAAAGAUGUAACAGCCAUGACGAACAGUGCCGGAGACUUUUUGGCAAGGAUGCCAGGAAAGCAUCCGACAGUUGCUACCAGGAAGUCAACACUUAUGGUGAUCGUUUUGGUAACUGUGGAAUAAUAGACAAUGUCUAUGUGAAAUGUAAUAACUCAGAUAUCCUCUGCGGAAGAGUUCAGUGUAAAGAAGUGAAAAUUCUUCCUAUUUGGAGCAGCCAUUAUACUGUACAUUGGACUCAUUUCAAGGGUGUCUCCUGCUGGGGUACUGACUACCAUUUUGGAAUGAGCAUCCCUGACCUUGGUGACAUAAAAGAUGGCACACACUGUGGUCCAGAGCAUGUGUGCAUGAACAGAAAGUGUGUCAAUAAGUCGAUCUGGGCAAGCGAGUGUUCACCAAAGACCUGCAACAGGAAUGGAGUCUGCAAUAAUAAACAUCAUUGCCAUUGUGAUGAUGGCUGGAGUCCACCAUAUUGCCUGCUAAAGGGCACUGGAGGGAGUAUUGACAGCGGUCCAUCUUCUGAAAGCAAAAAUAAGGAGGAGGAUAAAGAGAAAGACAAGGACAAAGACAAGGACAAAGACAAGGACAAGGAGAUGGAGAGGAAGUCACAGAAUGAUAGCUUCAUAAGUUGGAUAUUUCCUAUUUCUUUUGCGGUUUUGCUUUUACUUUUAUUUCUUUGGAUUAUCAAGGACUCUACACCACCACCUGAGAAAGAAGAGACUAAGCCAUUACACGAGGAAGAAGAGACUAAACCAUUACACGAGAAAGAAGAGACUAAACCAUCACACGAGGAAGAAGAGACUAAACCAUCACAUGAGGAAGAAGAGACUAAACCAUCACAUGAGGAAGAAGAGACUAAACCAUCACAUGAGGAAGAAGAGACUAAACCAUCACAUGAGGAAGAAGAGACUAAAUCAUCACAUGAGGAAGAAGAGACCAGCACUUCUUCUUCAACAGCUUCAACUAACACAGAGUAGAAUAUGUGUGAAAUUAUUCUUUAACAUUUAACGAAAUUUCCCACAUAGGAAUUUUUAGUGUCCCAGUGGGAGAAACGCUAUUGUGUGUAUUAUAAACAAAUGAUAAAAGAUCCCAGCAAUCUAUGAUAGGUCGGAAAAAUGCACUUUCAUCAGUCAAUAAAAAUAAAAGCUAUCAUAUGGCUACUCUUCAUAGCCUGAAAACA